AUGACACAAUAUCACAGAUGGUUACUUUCAAAACUAAUAUCGAAUAAACAAUGUAUAACUACAAAUACAGUUAUUCUUUUGGGUAACUUACAACUUGUUAUAAGAGAUAAUUCGGUAUAUCCAAAAGGUACAAUUUUAUUCGAAGACGAGACCGGGAAAGUUCCUUGUCUUUUAAUAGGCUACGAAAAAGAAUGGUUUACUAGAACAAUAUCAUUGUUAUCAUGGAGUUUCUUAAUAAACAAGCAACCAAACGGAAAAGAAGUGUUUCAUUUAGAAGUGCAUUCAGAAGUUCUUUUUUUACAAGAUUCUGAAGCAUUAUAUUCUAAAGCAACAAAUAUAAAUAUUGAACGUUUUGAGAAGCGAAAUCGAUUAUCAUUUUCCAGUCAACAAUUAAAUCCUUUAUCUUUUAAAACAGCAACCGAUAUGCUGUUUAACUUUGAUAGGAAUUCCACAAAGUCACCUUCAAAGCUUAAUUUAUGUGCAAUGGUUAACAUGAAGAGUGUUCUUUAUCAAACUGAAGGCGAAACCACUUUUAUUGUGACGCUCAAUGAAGUACAUGAUCCAAGUUCAUUCGUACAUAUUGUAUUUCACGGUGAUCAUUUUAUUGAGUAUUAUAAAAUGAUCAUGGUCGGUGAAAUAUACUUUUUCAAAGAAGCAACUUUUAAUAAAAAGGCAUCUCAAUCAAUUCCAAUUUUUGAGGUUGUUGAGGUCAGUUCAAUUGACCCGGUUAAAAAUAUCAACAGAGAACACGAAAUGGUUUAUAAUAGCAGUAACCUAAUUGAGAAUACCCAAAAUUCAACUGAUCUAGGUCGUAUGUGUUUUGGUUAUGAAGGCAUAAUCACCUAUAUCAUAGACAAUGCUUUGGGAUUGUUCGUUUUAGAUUCGGAAUAUAUCUUACAUCUUGGCAAAUAUCCAGAGUAUAAUCCAUUAAUAACUCCUUAUAGGCUUGGUAUGAAGUUGCUUUUACACAACAUUCAUGCAAUAAAACUCACAAUGGAAAAAGACACUUGGAAACUUAAUAAUCACAAAAACUGUCCUAGCUUUGAAAAUAUUAAUGUGAUAUUUGCUGCUUGUCACUGCAGUACCAUUCAAGUGAUCAGAUUUCCGAAUGAAAUCAUUAGGUCUGAUUCGGUUUCGCAAAAAAUUAUUAGUAAAUUUUCAAGUUUUCGUAAUAGUGACUUGAUAACUUUGUUGGAAUUAUUAUGGGUUCAAAAGGCAUAUUACGAUAUUUCCAACAAAUUCCCGGGUGAAUUUGAAGAUCAGACCUUGUUAAGUGAUCCAAGACCAAGUAAAAGCAACGUUGAGGCCUGUCUCCUUUCGAAACUUUUAAGGAAAUAUCGUGUAUCAAAUUAUUUUCAAGAUUGGGCACAAGAUUAUUUUAAUCAUAAAAAUUCUUGUCGUAUUACUGAAGAGAAUGAAGAGAUUAAUAUUAGGUUACCUCCAAUAUCGGAAGUUUUACAAUUUAUUGAUGAACUAGUCUCAUCACAAAGAUUAUCCGAAUUCCUUGGAGGGGAUCAGUCAAGAGUAUUUUCACAGCUUGAAGCAAAAUUAGAGAAAAUUCAUUUGAUGGGGUUUCUUGAAGUGAAUUUGGAUGGAACUCUUCAAUUAAAGGAUCAAACUGGAAAGAUCUCGGUAGUUAAUAUCUCUAUUGAAAAAGUUCAUACUCAUCAUCUAAAUAAUGUAUGGAUAAUUCCUGAAUAUGAACUCGUGAUUGAACAACAUAGCAAAAUCUAUUUACGUUUUGCGAUUGAAAAAUGUUUUUGUUUUUACGCAAAACCAUAUAACUCACCAUUUAAAUAUAAUCAGAUCUUUUUCCAAGUUCGUCACAUUUUUUCCACAAAAUUGAAUUGUCCAUCAGAGUAUUUAGCUCCCAAUAUGAAUUGUAAACUACAAAUAGAGAUGUUAGAUUUUUCAGAAGAUUCACCAGAUUUAACUACCAAUUCACGAAAGAUUGCUUUCAACAACAUUUCAAGAUCAGCCUUUAUUCAUUUAUCAGGAGAUUUUAUCAAGAUUUUACCAGCUAUACACGUUGGCUUAUUCUAUGAAUUAUCUUUUGGUAAACCUGAACAGAUAAUCAAUUCAAUGGGAAUGAUAAUCAAUUUUAACUUGAAUAAUUUCGUAACUGCGAAUGUCAUCAACUUACAGUGGGAUGCGUCCAACUCAACGUUUGAAGAUUUGCUUGGUCACGUGAUUCAACCUAAAAUUCUCGAAUUGGAUGAAUCGUCCAAGGACUCUUUUCGAGUUCUAGAAAAAUCAUUCUCGAUAGAGGAUAAACUAUUAGAUGUACAGGAAAUUUUGAAUGAACAUUUUAUUGGUAGAUUAGUGUCUUUGAAGGGACUCGUUGUAUCAAAAGAAAUUCGAUCGUCAUUAGCCCAGCCAAAUUUCAUGAAUUCAUCAACAUCAAAAUACAUUAAUGUAGGACAAUUAAAUGCUAAUUUGUUACUUAGAAUUCAAGAUAUCCAUACAGAGGAAAUCAUCGAUGUAUAUAUAAAUAACAUAUCAAGAUACGUUAUUCCUAUCGGUUUAAUCCCAGGACAAACGAUUACAUUGAGAAAAGUUGAAGUCAGAAAAUCUGAUUUGGGUAACAUAUAUUGUUACGCGCAUGAAAUAACUCAUAUAUCAUUGCAAGGGUAUCCAAAAGCAAAUAUAUCAUUUUAUCAAGAACUCAAUAACACGAACUUAAUAGAUCUUUUUGAAGAUGGGAUUUCUAUACAAUGUACAUUUCGAAUUCUUUGCAGAAUAACUCAUAUUUAUGAAAUUAUUUUGCAAUUUGUUUGUGAGGCUUGUGAAAGAAUUAUAUAUAAUAAUUCUUGUCCUAAUGGUUGUCAUUUAGGCCGAAGAUUUUACGCUUUAUGCAAAUUUAAAAUUUCAGAUGGAACGUGUUUCGCAAUUGUAACCGCUAGAGACGACAUAGUCGUUAGGGAAUUAUUGUGUAUUAACGAUGAUUCUUAUCGAAAAAUUUGCGACAAAGUUGAGAAAUCAAGAUUUUUUUAUGAAUGGACCAUUUCGAAUGAUAACGAUUUUAUGAAGAAAUCUCUCUCUGAUUUUAUCUCUUUAAAGGGCAUCCGAAGAGACGUUAUUUUGUUUUGUAGAAAAUUACAUAAAGAGAAAAAAGAGAAAAUUAUUGAUCAAACGCAACAAUCUUCAACAAUAGAACUCAAUGCUGUACGAAUUGCAGAAAAAUUGCCAAUUUUUGAAGCACGAAAAAAAUUAAAACUUGUUGAGAAAAUAAAAAGUAAUCUAAAUGACAUCUAA